AUGUCUCAGCUGAAGCAAAUGUCGCACGCCGACAACAGUGCUCCGUCGACGCCGGGAAAGUUCAAGAUGGAGAAAGCUUCUUACUUCAACCGUGUACGGUGGUACACUUCUCCGGCGAAGCUUGCUCUUUGGACCUUUGUUUUCUCAGCUGCAAUCUUGAUCUUCUUUUUCCGAUCUCCGGCGACGUCUUCUCUUCCGGCGGAUCCCUCUCGCCGUUCUCUGAGAAGCCCUUCCAACUGGGGUGGUCCGGUUUGGGAGAAACGCGUCCGUUCCUCCGCUAGGGUCCGGUCCAAAAACGGGUUCUCCGUUCUUGUGACCGGAGCCGCAGGUUUCGUCGGAACACAUGUAUCUGCGGCGCUUAAGCGCCGCGGAGACGGUGUUCUGGGACUUGAUAACUUCAAUGACUAUUAUGACCCUUCUUUGAAGCGCGCACGGCAAGCUCUUUUGGAGAGAACCGGUGUUUACAUUGUGGAAGGUGAUAUCAAUGAUGCUGCUUUGUUAAGGAAGCUUUUUGAGGUUGUUCCUUUUACUCAUGUCAUGCAUUUGGCUGCUCAAGCUGGUGUGAGGUAUGCUAUGGAGAAUCCUGGUUCUUAUGUUCAUAGUAACAUUGCUGGUUUUGUUAAUUUGCUUGAAGUUUGUAAAACUGUUAAUCCUCAACCUGCAAUUGUUUGGGCUAGUUCUAGUUCUGUUUAUGGAUUGAACACUAAGGUUCCUUUUUCUGAGAAGGAUAGAACAGAUCAACCUGCUAGUUUGUAUGCUGCUACUAAGAAAGCCGGCGAAGAAAUCGCUCAUACUUAUAAUCAUAUAUACGGUCUUUCGCUAACCGGCUUGCGGUUUUUCACUGUUUAUGGUCCUUGGGGUAGACCUGACAUGGCUUACUUCUUUUUCACUAGAGAUAUUUUGAAGGGGAAGACGAUUUCCAUUUUCGAGGCAGCGAAUCACGGUACCGUUGCUAGGGAUUUUACUUAUAUAGAUGAUAUCGUGAGGGGGUGUUUAGGUGCGUUGGAUACUGCCGAGAAGAGUACCGGAAGUGGCGGGAAGAAGAGGGCGCCGGCUCAGUUGAGGGUUUUCAAUCUAGGGAACACCUCACCUGUUCCUGUUACCGAUCUUGUGAGUAUUUUGGAGAGGCUGUUGAAGACUAAGGCAAAGAGGAAUAUUAUGAAGUUGCCGAGGAACGGGGAUGUCCAGUUCACUCAUGCGAAUAUUAGCUACGCGCAGGGAGAGCUUGGUUAUAAGCCGGUGACAGAUCUGCAGACUGGUUUGAAGAAAUUUGUGAGGUGGUACAUGAAUUACUAUUCCGGUGGGAAGAAAGCUGUCGAGUGA